AUAAGAGAAAUCUCCAGAUUUUUUUUUUGUGGGGAAUACCCCUCCCCUCCCCCUUCCCUUUUUUGUUCUCCGCAAAGGAAUGCCAAACCCAGUGCGGCAUGGGAACAAAAAGGACGGCGGAGGAGCUACGUCUAACAUGCCGCAGAGCAGUGGCAGUAGCAAUAAUAAAGAUCGGCAGAGGCCCAGUUCGAAGCACAAGCGGCACAAGGCCAAGCAUCUCAGAGACUUGGCUGUUACGUCUGAACUGUUGGCACCUAGCACACUGAAGCUUGUGGAGUAUGACGACAUUAGCUCAGACUCCGAUACGUUCUCGGAUGACGUUCCGACUAAACAGGAGAAACGAGAAAACGAUGAGCGUAGGGGGUCUGAGAAAAGUGAUAAGGCACAUAGGUCGAAGCAUCGACAUCUGCAUAAACGGAUCAAGGAAGCGUCUAAAGGCAAGCAGGUGGAAAAAGAGCGCAAGCCAGAAAAAGGUCAGGAAGUGACUGUGAGCAAAUUACAAAGCUCCAAAGACAGGACGUCUGGCGCGACCAAAAAGGUUGCUGAGGAGCAAGAGGAUCAAAACCGCAGUUCCAGGAGUAGCAACAAGGAGGUUCGGACAGCUAAAGUGCAUAAGGAAAAAUCUAGGCGGGAGAAGGAACUUAAGUCCGGUCACAAGGACCGCAGCAAGAGCCACCGUAAAAGGGACUCCUUCAAACGUUAUAAAACAUCAGAUAGCCCUAAGAGAAAAGGACGUAGUCCAAGGAGGAAGUAUGGCAGCAGUCCAAGACAAGAUGAUAGCCAUUCUGAUGCCUCAGAUGGCCUGGACUAUGAUGGAAGUCCGCAACGUUCACAUGUCUCUUCCAACUACAUUGAGGCUUACAAGAAAAAUCUUGAAAGUCCUAGCUACAAAGAGCCUUCUGCGUACCAGAGUAAUGCUCGAUCCCCCAGCCCGUACAACCGGAGACAGCGCUCACUAAGUCCCUACAGAAGGAGAUCCUCAAGUUAUGAGAGAGGGAGUGGCUCUUACAGUGGGAGAUCUCCAAGCCCUUAUGGGCGUAGACGGUCGAGUAGUCCUUUUGUGUCCAAGCGCUCAAUGAGCCGGAGUCCAGUGCCCAGGAAGUCUGCCAAAUCCCGAAGCCGUAGUCCCAUCUAUUCAAGAAAAUCCUCCUCAUCUCGUAGUAAGAAACAAAAGUCUCAGUCCCAAAGUCGCCAUUCCAGUAUUUCACCUGCCCGCUUGCCAUUGAACUCCAGCUUGGGCGCUGAAUUGAGCCGAAAGAAAAAAGAGCGGGCGUUAGCUGCUGCAGCAGCUGGUAGAGACCCUAAAGGAGGUCCGUUGGUAAAAAAAGAGAUUGGAGAUGGAAGAGGACUCCAAACGUCGGAUACCAAAAAGGCAAACAAAAAUCUUAAAGUGGACAAAUCUGUGUCUGAUACAGAGCUGUCAAUAGCAGCAAAUGUAGAUGCAAAGGUAUUAUCUAUUUCCACCAAGUCCGAGGAAAAUGAGAAGAAGCUACCAGUGAAGGAUGUGAAGCAAUCGGGAGUAAAAGAUGGUAGAGCUGCUCCGGUCAAAGAAGAAAGUUUGACACCAAAGGAGGGAGUGACAGACAAAGAGAAAGAAAAAGAGAUCCCACUGCCGCCUCCUCCUGUGCAGUCUCCACCACCACCUUUACCUGCUUCCUCUCCACCUCCCCAGACUCCUCCACUUCCACCUCUUCCUCCUUCACCAGCUGUACCUGUACAACCUCCACCUCCUCUCCCACCUCCUCCUGCUUUGACAACCCUUUCUAUUUCUAUCACCGUGGCUGCCUCAGUAACCUCCUCCACCCUUACACGUUCAACAGUAUCCACUCAGGCAAACACACAGCCUCCAACUAUCUCUUCCACUAAGCCAGUUCCAGCUGUCAGUCUUGCUAUCCCUCAUAUGAAAACUUCAACACUUCCUAAUUUACCCCUGCCACCCUUAUUGCCUGGAGAAGAUGACAUUGAGAGUACUAUGGAAAUUAUCCCCCACAAACCAGUUAAGAAAAAUAAAGAGCAGAGACCGAGGCAUCUCCUGACUGACCUUCCAUUACCUCCUGAGCUUCUAGGAGGAGACCCAUCUCCUCCUGAGUCUCCAGAACCCAAAGUAGCAACACCUCCACAGCCAUCUGUAAGGAAGAGACCAAAAAUAUGCUGUCCCCGUUAUGGUGAGAGGAAGCAGACCGAAAUUGACUGGGGUAAACGCUGUGUGGAUAAGUUUGAUAUCAUUGGUAUUAUUGGUGAAGGUACAUAUGGACAAGUUUACAAAGCCAAGGACAAGGAUACAGGAGAACUUGUGGCCUUAAAGAAAGUACGUCUAGAUAACGAGAAAGAGGGCUUCCCUAUUACUGCUAUCCGUGAAAUAAAAAUCCUUCGCCAGCUUAUCCAUCGCAGUGUUGUCAAUAUGAAGGAGAUUGUCACUGACAAGCAGGAUGCACUGGACUUUAAGAAAGACAAAGGUGCCUUUUACUUGGUGUUUGAAUAUAUGGACCACGACCUGAUGGGGCUUCUGGAGUCUGGGCUUGUGCAGUUUUCAGAAAACCACAUUAAGUCAUUUAUGAAACAACUUAUGGAAGGACUAGAUUACUGUCACAAGAAGAAUUUCCUGCACAGAGACAUCAAGUGUUCCAACAUCCUGCUGAAUAACAGUGGGCAGAUCAAGCUGGCAGAUUUUGGAUUGGCAAGAUUAUACAACUCAGAGGAAAGUCGCCCAUACACAAAUAAGGUGAUAACACUGUGGUAUCGACCCCCAGAGCUGCUAUUAGGGGAGGAAAGGUACACCCCCGCCAUAGAUGUGUGGAGUUGUGGAUGUAUUCUUGGUGAACUCUUUACAAAGAAACCAAUUUUCCAGGCUAACCAGGAGCUGGCCCAACUAGAAUUGAUUAGCCGUCUCUGUGGAAGUCCUUGUCCAGCUGUUUGGCCAGAUGUUAUCAAAUUACCAUAUUUCAACACCAUGAAACCGAAGAAGCAGUAUAGAAGGCGGUUACGGGAGGAAUUCUCCUACAUUCCAACUCCUGCUUUGGAUCUCCUAGACCACAUGCUAACCUUGGACCCUAACAAGCGUUGCACUGCAGAACAAGCUCUUCUGAGUGACUUCCUGAAGGAUGUAGAUGUCGGCAAGAUGCCUCCCCCAGACCUACCCCACUGGCAGGACUGCCAUGAGUUAUGGAGCAAGAAACGUAGGAGGCAACGGCAAAGUGGUAUUGUGGAAGAGCCCCCUGCCAUCAAAGCUCCAAGAAAAGAAAGCAUUGCAGCAGUUAGCACAGAAACUAUCAAAAAUAGCAGCCCAGCCCCUUCUCAGCCAAUCAAAACAGAACCUAUUACAGCUGACUUGUCUGCUUUGGGGGAUAUCACACAACAGCUAAAUCAAAGUGAGCUGGCUAUCCUGCUGAAUCUUCUCCAAAGUCAGACAGAUCUCAAUGUCACCCAGAUAUCUCAGCUUUUGAAUGUUCAGGGCAACCCGGACAUACAACAACAACUGGAAGCCCUUAACCAGUCUAUCUCUGAGUUAGCCAGCUCUACAGCUGCGACAUCAGAGGUGGAUGCCUCUAAAGAAAUGUCAGCUCCAGAGCAAGCAGAAGCAGAGGGCCUUGGAACUCAGGGAGAUAUGCAGAGCGUUUUGGCUGUCCUAUUGAGCCAGCUCAUGAAACCACAGGAAGCAGCGGAGACGCCAGGAGAAAGCAAUGGAGAGCAGAUUGCAAAUAAUCCUCCUGUACAGCUAAAACCUAAUGAAGAGGAUGACGACGAUGAAAACGACAAAGGGACAGUGUUGGAGGAGGAUGACGCAGAUGCAGUCAAAGGAAGUAACGUUUCUCCUGCUUGUCAGCCGUGCAUCCUGCCACCAGAAAAGAGACCACCAGAGCCACCUGGUCCGCCACCUCCACCACCUCUUUCCAAGAGCCAUGUUCCUGACCCAAAUACAGUGGCGACAUCUGCCCUAAUGCAACUUUUCACUCAGCCGGAAGUAGAACCUGCCACCAUGAAGGGUGGAACAGAGAACCAAGGAUUGAGUUCAGACUUUACCCGAAAUCUGCCCUCCAGGACUUACAGCUCGGAGGUGCCAGAAGAAAGAGACUCAGGGCAGUUACUUGGGGAACAGUCCCCUCAACCGAUAGGGAAAAGCCGAACAUUUCCAGUACAGCUGGGAGAAACAAGUGGUUACCAGGGAACAGGAUCCCUGCAAUUCCCAGGGGAUCAAGACCUCAGGUUUACAAGGGUCCCUCUGGGGAUGCACUCUGGCACAGUGCCCACACAUGGACAAUUAGAGGUGACCAGUAACAGCUCUCAUCUUUACCAAGAGGCCAAAAUCCCCAGCUACAGUGAUUUGGGGUCAGGGACUGGAGCAACAGCAAACCAGGCUUGGGUUGCCCCAACUCAGGCAUUCAAUAAGACAUAUAGAGCACCUACGCGUGCACCUCCAAGGGGCGGACAGGGGAGAGGAGUCAAUUAUUGAGUUCCAAUUAUACUGUUCUAUAACUGCCCUUACUGGCCUGUUUCCAAUAUGUUGAAGGACUAAAUGUGGCUAGCUUUGGCAGCUGCAAUGGUUAUAAACCCAGAGAGCCUUGAAAAUUGGUUGGGUUUUCGAGAAGGGAAGUAUAAGUAAAGGGGGCUGACUUUAAAUGGUCAAUUGCUGCUUCAUGAAUGUGUUUGGGACACUUGUAGCCUGUGAUCUAGAGUUUGUCUACCCCUUCAUUAUUCUUUUCCAAGUUUUAGUCGGGCAAGUGACGGUUCUCCAGAGUUGGCAAGCACCAUCAUUCUAAGAUGGUUGAAAGGUGGGCUGCAUAAUAUGGUGUUAAGUGUUCAAAAUUUCCCCAUCUGCUACCAAAGGGCUCACAAUGCUAACUGUAUUGUAGGUCUAUUUGGAGAAGUAUCUAGUUAUGUGGUACCCCUCAGGAAACUAACAAGAGAGACCCACAUACAUGCAAAUGCAGCUGGCUGUGUACAGUUUUUUUAAGAGAUUUUUUUUUUCUCUUGUGUCAUUAACUGCUGGAUUAUACAUGCAAUUUCUCACUGUUCUCUCAACUGCUUAUGUUUUGUUUUACUUCACACCUAUUGGAGCGCCUCUUACUCUUAGAGGUAAUUCCAAGGAAAAGACCAUGUCGGUGAACAAAUAUUGUGUUAUGCCCUAUUAAGUUUAUAUAAAUAUAUACUUUUUUAAGUUGUAUUUUUAGGGCAAAUUUAGGCCGCUAUUACACAAACUCCUGUCUUUUUUGUUUUUUGUUUUUUUCCCCCCUAUUGUGUUCGCUGACUCUGUGGAAAAAUAAUUUUUUUAAAGUUGUUGAAGGGCCUAGACAAAUAAACAAGAAUUACAAAG